UGUUAUAAUUAACUAACUAAUAAUUAAUUACACGUUAUUCUGUUAGUCGCUAGAUAAAUUGUUGUUAUUGCUAUGACACACACAAUUGUAGCGCGCGUUAGGUUCUUAAAUAAUUUUCUGAUUGUAGUCACGUGUCAAGCAUUACUGUCGUGCGGUGUUCUGACUCGUACUAAACAGUAGUCUGACUGAGACAAUAAUGUCUAACGCAUUGAGUGAAUUGUUCGACAAAAUCCUUACUUCUGAACAGAAGUUUCAUGAUAGAAUCACCCAAAUCAAGUCACUCAACACAGAAACUCAUGAGCAACAAAAGCAAUAUCAAAUUCUAGUCGAAGAAGUCGAAACACUCACAAAGUCCGUCGAAACGACACGAAAGCAACUCGAAGAGUUUCAACUGGACGCAAAAUGUGGAGUAGCGCGACAAACUGCAAUGCACGAGCAGCUGAAACGAUUGAGAGAGGAAGAGAAAAGGACUGCAGCGAAGCUCACUGAAGUGGAAGAGCGGAAAAGGCAAGAGAGACUGCAUAUGUUGAAUAAAAUGUCUAAUUUCUGUCAGAGAUACGAUUUGACGGGAGACGGCAAAGUGCAGCUGGACAAUCAGUCAAAGCUUCGAAUCGAAGUAUUAGAGAAAGAAUUGAAAAACUGUGAUGGUGACGUCAGUGCGGUUACAGAGAAGGUAACUGAAGUGAGCAAUAUGAAAGAUGUCAUAACACUGACCGAGGCGGAAAUCGACGAAACAGAAAAAUUGAAGAAACAGUUGGUCGACGAACUAGAAGAAAUCGAACGAGAAAUAAAGCUGGCAGAAAGACAUCGAUUCACGGUCUCUAGCAGGCCUCAUGAUGACCGAGAGUUUCAAAUGAUACAAGCAGAGCUUGAGGCAUGCAAAGACAACGCUAUGGAAGCAAUGUGUACUGCACUAGCUGAAGAACUUCGUGAACUGCAAAGAAGUCGACAAACUAGUCAACGCACAAGGCGUCAACAAAAAGGUAGGAAUGGGCCCAGACAACCAGCCAUCUAUAGCAAAAGUGAUCAGACAAGACAAACAGUUCGACCAACUCUGACUCAACAAACAGACAAACCCAGGAGUAGAUCUCCAUGCUCACACAACGACUUACUGAAUGACGUCGAAUGGGCAUGUGAAAUAGAUGAUACUGACAUACUGAGUCCAAGUUCAGCAAGUCAACUUACCCAACUAAACCGCACAGAGUCCUCAAGAACUAAUCCAACCAAUCCAAGGCAAAGAGUAGAUGUAUCAACAUCUAACACAGUGGGACUGACAGGCAGCAGAAAAAGAGUCAGAUUUCAGUACUAGAAUACUUGCUCUAGUCGUUAGCCACAAAAUGUUAGUAAAAUCGCAAACCUGCUUCGUCAUGCUCAAAUACUGUUUAAUCAUAUUGUGUUAUAUUUCAACUAAAACUUUCACGUCAAUUAAGUACCAAUUUACCCGUAAGUAUUAAU